GGUAAUGAAGUGAAGUCAGUGUCAGUGGUGGAGGGAGAUUCUGUUACUCUAUACACUAAUACUGAACUACAGAGAGGUGAUUGGAUAGACUGGAGGUUUGGAGAUAAAGGUAUUCGCAUAGCCAGAAUAAAUAAAACAGCUAAUAUAGUCAGAAUAAAUGACACUGUUCUUGAUGGGAGAUUCAGAGACAGACUGCAGGUGAAUAAUCAGACUGGAGAUCUCACCAUCACAAACAUCACAACUCAACACACUGGACUUUAUAAUGUAACCAACAGAAAGACACCCAAUACCCCAUACAGAUUCAAUGUUACUGUCUAUGCUCAUCUGCCCGUUCCUGUCAUCACCAGAGACUCUCAAUGUUCAAUAUUAUCAUCAAGCUCAAAUUGUUCCUUGCUGUGUUCAGUGAUGAAUGUGAGAGAUGUGAGUCUGUCCUGGUACAAAGGAUACAAUUUAUUGUCCAGCAUCAGUGUGUCUGAUCUCAACAUCAGACUCUCUCUAUCUCUGGAGGUUGAAUAUCAGGAUAACAACACAUACAGCUGUGUACUCAACAAUACCAUCACAAACCAAACUCAACAUCUCAACAUCACUCAUCUCUGUCAGCCGUGUUCAGGUCUUUUAUAUUAUAUCUCUGGGGCUGCUGCUGGAUCUCUGAUGAUUGUAGCGGCAAUUUCGAUGUUCUGCAUCUGUAGGAAACACAAAGACACACAUCAAGAGGUUCAGACUGGUGAAGAUGAGAUCACAUAUGCAGAAACAACAUUCCAUAAACGAAAAAAGCAUAAACAGAGAUCUGCAGUAGAGGAUGAUGUGGUGUAUGCAGGAGUCAAGGGACAAUAAACAAACUCUCUGUGAUUCUAAGAUCAACAUUCAGCUGUUUGAUCAUCUUCAGUCUCUGUUAUAACUUCAGAUUCUGACUGUGUGUGAGUUUAAAGUUUUUUCUUUGUGAAUUAUAUGACAUGAAGCGAUUAUUACAUGUGAGACGUCUGCUUACUCUCCAUCACAUUUGCAAGCAUAAUACACACCAGAAAGCAAAUGUCAACAUAAUUUCACCAUGCUUAAAAUAAUGAGAGAACUGUACAACAUCAGAAAAUCUGUGAUCAAAAUAUAAAUUAAUAAAUGUGGAUACACUCAAAGUAUUUGUUUUUAAAACACAAACAUGUUUUUUUAUUUUUGUCACAAUAUGCAUCUGACACAUUAACACUUUCAUUCGUGUUUAAGUCAAAUGUGAAGUGGAAAGAAAUGUGGUUUUGUUGAACUGAUGGACGUGAGAUGUGUGUUAGACUAUUAUUGGUUAAUGUGUAUAUGUGUGUGUCUGUGAGAG